AUGGCGGUGCAAGUGGACAAGGCAGAGAGAAUCUUGUUGCACCUUGAGAAGGAGCUAUCUUCCAUGAAAGCUCAUUACAUGGAAAUUCAAGCCAACGACGAUUAUGUACACUUCACCGGAGAUAGGAAUGAAGAUCCAGAUGUAAACAACGCAAUCGGGAUUUCGAGUCCUUUCAUAGAGGAGCCAAGAAACCAAAGGUACAUGGAAGUUGCUCUGUCGAAAACCUCACAAGCUGUUAUUGGUUGCAGCCUUUGCUGGGAUGCUACCGACUGGGAUCUGAUUACAGAAAUCAGCUCCUGCAUAUCACCGGAUGGAAUUGAUGAAGAAAGAAUGCGCGGUAUCGAAAAAGCUAGCAAUGGCCAGACUGAUGUAAACUACACAUACGAACAGUCCGUAGAUCGUUCCCAAAUCUUGCUGAAGGUCAUAUCCAAUGCACAUGAACAGCUGCAGGCGCUUAAGACAGAACUCAAAAAUAACUCCGACACCUAUGAAAGGCUCCAGCAAGAAAACCAAAGAAUUUACAGUGACUUGAAUAGAAAGAAUUCGAUGCUUCGAUCAGAGGUUCAAUACCUUAUGGAAACUUUAGACUGCCAUUCUCCUCAACUCCACAGCUUCCUGAUUUCUGAAUUCGGCAAGGAUGAUUGCACUGUCAACACUAUCGCCGUCGAGGAGAUGUUUCAUGAGGGGAUGAAAGCGCACGACAUGGUCGGCUCUGCAGUCUGCAUGCUACCUGAGCAGUACAAUGAGCAACUGUUUGCAACGUUUGAGUCAUUGAAAUCAAAACUUACGGACGAGCUGCGGACUGCGUCAAGAUCGGCAUGCGGUCGGCUCAUGGCUGAACAGGUGAAAGAGGCGAAGUGGCUGGCAAUUUUCAUUUACAUGUUGUGCAGAUUCAACUACAACUAG